AUGCCGUCGAGACAGGACCCAACCAAUGCUCAGCUUGCUCAAGCAAUGGCACAGAUGGCCCAAGUGAUGGCUCAGCAGGCUGCCACUGCUGCUGCUCAGACCGCAGCACAAACUCAGAGGGAUUGCCCUAAUGCUGCAAAGGCCGAGCCGGUGCUGAACACGGCUAGAGGAAGGCGACCUUCUGCUCUAGGUCGUGUGUUUGCAAUUUCUGGCGAACAAGCUGCAGUGACAGAUGAUCUUAUCCAGGGUACGUGUGUUAUCGCUGGAACUUCAUUAAUGGUGUUAUUUGAUUCUAGUGCUACGUACUCAUUCAUUGCUGAGGAGUGUGUGAAGAAAUUAGGAUUGCUAACUGCUGACUUACCGUUCGAUUUGGUGGUGACGACCCCUGCCGCCGAUCGAUUAGUCACGCGCACGACAUGCUUGCAGUGUCCAUUGAUCUACGAGGAUCGGAAGUUCUUUGCGAACCUUGUCUGCUUAGGGCUCAAGGAGCUCAAUGUGAUUCUGUGGAUGGAUUGGUUGACACAGUAUCACGUUCUCUUGGACUGUGCUAACAAGGCCGUUGUCUUUCCAGAUUCAGGCGUUACGGAUUACUUGAAUUCGUACACCUUGGGAAAGAGUUCACCAGCAUUUGUGAAUUCUGUCGUAGCGGAAGCGAAGAACGACGGCCAUGUACGCAACAUUUUGGUGGUACAAGACUUUGUGGAUGUGUUUCUAGAAGAUGUGCCCGGAUUACAGUCGGUAAGAGAAACAGAGUUCUCUAUUGAUAUCAUGCCCGACACGGGACCAAUAUCAAUGGCGCCUUAUCGGAUGGCACCAUCGGAGUUGACGGAGUUAGCAAAGCAGUUGGAUGAUCUCUCUUCCAAGGGAUUUAUCCGAUCGAGUGUGUCGCCGUGGGGAGCACCCGUGCUGUUGUGGGUGGACUUUGUUGGAACCGCACCUGUGUUGGAGGUUGGGGAAUGGAAGGGUGACGAGUUUUUGGACGCAAAAUUGGGUGUCUUCCAUGGGAAAGUUGUGUGA